UGAUUUCUUUGCGAUUUGGCUGAAGUUUGAUCCAUCCAUGAGUUUUCUACACACAGGAAAAAAUGGAGAACAUCUUUUUGACUGAUUUCUACGAAGGACGAUUUUGGGGUCUGUGUCUUCAAACGGAUCAUUUUUAAAGUUAAUUUGGGUCGCCAUGAGCUACUCCGCAGUCAAACGCGAAUGGCUUGGCCUGGAAGGGCACAUACAAGCUCUUGAUAGUAACUGCGGGCUUUCCAAGCUGAGAGAACCAGAGAAAGGUGAUAGACACUGGUUCAUUAUUCAAGAUUCCAACCUUUUGUUUUAUGACCAGAAAAAUAGCCAAACUCCACCAGAUACUAAACCAACAGGAUUUCUUAAUGUUGGUUCAUCAGUGAUAGAUGUAAUUGUUGUCAUGUCAAGCAAAGAGGGAAAAGACUAUCAGUUGUCUCCUCCACGGGAUGUGUGUCUAUUUGAUUGGAUUGCAAGUCUCAAGGAAGCAAAAAGAUUAGCGAGUAAACAACAGUGGGAGGCAUCUUUUGAGCGUGGGGCAGUUGGUGGAAGUAUCAUGGGCAGGUUGCGGAACAGUCUGCGCCGAAAAAAGAAAGUGACUCGAGCCUUGUCAGAUAAUAGUAAAGUUGGGUCCAAUGUAAACGGUACUGCAUCAAGUGGCACAACAGGGGACCAUGCUAAGGACCCUUGUGUAAAGGAGGAGCUAAAGCUGAAAACCCGCGCUCAGCGUUCGAAGUCUCUUCCUCACGAAGACUCACGGAUUGUUGAACUGCCGCAACCAUUGCCACCGUUUAGUGAACAGGAAAAGGAACCACCAGUGGAGCUGGCAGAAGACGCGGUGUCGUGUGAUCCUGUCUGCGAGAAGAGUUGCGAAAAGAUAUCAGUCCAACUACCAGCUAAAGAUGGCGACAUUGCAGAGAACAAACCCGAACGAAUACGACGGUCAGUUGCAACUGAGUCGAUCGAAGUGCAAACUGAACCAAUUACAGUCGAAGAGUUACUUUCGUUGCAACAACAGAAGUUAAUUAAAGAGCUUGAAAUUGAAGUAUGCAAGCUGAAAUGUGAAGUAAUAAGUUUGAUUCAAGGAAGCAUCAAGAUUCCUUUAAAAGAUGACGACUUGGCCGACUGGCAACUAAUAGAGGACAUCAGGUAUAAGGACCGUAUUUACCAGUUGUUGAAAGAGGCUCGGUUUUACAACCCAAGUUUGCCGAAUUGUGACAGUUGCACACCAGCUUCAAGUAGUUUUAGAGACAGUUAUGGUUUUAUCCGUGGAGCCAGAGAGAGUGAAAGUGAACUGUUUCACUUCCUCUGUCGCGAGCUUAAACAACAUUACUCGAGCUUUUAUCAGAACAGAGAUGGUCAUGCCCGUUUGUGGUCACAGUAUAUGAAAGCCAGGCAACAAGAGAGCAAAGAUGUGGUUUUUAACGAGCAAGGAAUGAAAGCAUUAUUGAGAGAAGGUAUCCCUAGGAGCUGCAGAAGCGAAGUGUGGAAAAGUGCAAUGGCCCAAAAGGUGGAACACUUAAAGAAAGAGAAGGGAAGAGAUUAUUAUCAAAAGCUACUUCUCCAAGUGGAGAGACGGAAGAGUCUCUCUGCCAAUCACCCGCUCGGUGUUACCGAGAAUCAAAUCAAGUGUGAUCUGUUACGAACCAUGCCGAACAAUGAACGCUUUCGAUCAGCAGACUCCGAUGGGGUAAAAAAACUGUCAAGGAUUCUCCACGCGUUUUGUGUUCAUCGUCCAGAUAUAAACUAUCUCCAGGGGAUGAAUUUUAUUGUGGCCAUGUGUCUUCUUUUUAUGGACGAAGAAGACGCCUUUUGGUCUUUUGUCGCUGUUUCAGAGGUUUAUCUUAAAAACUAUUUUGAUAAAGCAUUGAGUGGAGCUUUGGCAGAUCAGUCUGUUCUGAAUGAACUCCUGAGUGAAUCGUUACCAGCUUUACACGCACACCUGAAGUACUAUGGAAUUGACAUCUCCACUGUCACAUUCAACUGGUUUAUUACAAUCUUCAUCGAUGCUGUGCCAUUUGAGACCGCUAUGCGAAUCUGGGAUUGUUUUGUCUUUGAAGGAAGAGAGGCUUUAUUUCGGAUCGCCGUAGGCCUACUGAAAGUCCAGCAGUCGGCACUGCUGCAGUUGUCAUGCGCGCUGGAGAUCAUGCAGUACAUGAAAAGAGCUGCAAGGGUCACUUACGACAAAGAUCAGCUUUUUAAGGCGUCCUAUGAAGACAUAAAGAUCUUCCCAACUAUCAAAACUCUGGACGAGAAGCAAGCGAAGUAUUUAGGGGGUGUUAAUACCAGACUCGACGAGAGGUCGAUUUCAAGAGAUGAACGCACGCGCUCCCCUGUCAGCUCUUUCACUGUGGAAAUCUCCAAUCAGGAGAAACUGGAAAAACCGGAUCAACACGAAAUUCUGGAAUGCGCUUUGGCAACAAGUCGAGAUUUGUCCAGCCCAGUGUGUCUAUUCUGUAGCAGUAGGCUUAAAGCGAAAGUCUAUCUUCUGGACAUCACUAAGAAGGAAAUGAAGGCACUUGACGUAGACACGAAAUCACGUGUUCUAUGUUGCGAUAUGUUGGACGAUGGCACCAUUUUAGUGGGGACCGUGUCAUGGUACAUACAUGCGUUCGUUUUGGAGCUCAGUUCGGAAGCGUGGUGCGUGCAGCUGAAUGACUCGGUGAUCGACAUCGCUCAUUUACCUGAGGGAAAAGUUUUUGCUGCCUUGGCGGAUGGAUCGAUUGCUGUGUUACAUAAUGCUAGUGGGCAUGAGGCUCCAUCCGAAGGCUCCCAUAUUCGGGUGGGUGGAUCACCUGUCACGUGCAUUACUCUCGUGAACGAAAACGUGUGGUGCGGCUGCGGAAACAAUGUGGUGAUUCUCGAUGGAAGUUCCCUUGGUGAGCUCGGUUCACUGAUUAUAUCAAACUCACGUCGUCACCAGGUUUCCAAGUUAACUCACGGUAAACAUGGCGUCUGGUGCAGCGUGAGAGGGUCUUCUUGCAUUCUGUUGUUGGAUCACGCCACCUUUGACAUACUUCUCAAGGUCGAUGACGUCACAAGCCUCGACACCAGCCCUGACUUAAGGGUAAUUGCAUUUAGCGAAUCACGUGUCACUACAAUGAUGGCACUCGGUGAAGAAUUGUGGGUAGGGCUUGGUAACGGACAGGUUUUGAUCUUUGACGUCACUAGAAAUGACGAAAUCGAAGACGAAGGUUUUGUGGUGUUGGACGAAGAUGAAGAAGACAAAGAAAAGCGCAAAGAAAGUUCGACCAAAUAUUUGCCAACGAUAUCGGAAACAGAGGAAAAAGUAAAAGAGCCGAAACUGAAACCGAGCAUCGAGGAUUCCAAGGCGCAUUCAGAAGUAAAUUCCUCUCAUGAGACAGAGAAUACUUGUACUGACGAAGAAAUUUCAUCGAUUGACGAAUUUACUGAGAGUGAAUUGAGAGAGUCUAUUGAAAUGGCUGCGAGCAUCGUAGACCGUCAGGACGUGGUUAAUGCGCAAGAGAACGAAGGUCAGGCACAAAAGCCGUCCGGUAAACAAAUCAAACAGGACCCUGACAUGUGUUACAGUGAUUACAGAUUCAGACUGAGGCUAAGAGUUCAUUUUCGCAUAAAUGAAGAGGCUAUUCGUUGUCUUCUACUAGUAAGAGAGCAAGAUCCACUGGUCCUCAGCUGUACGUGUAAUUUCAACGAAGAAGGAGCUUUGUCACUAUGGCAACGACAAAGAGAGGAGGAAACGAAUGAAUGGCUCCCAUUCUCAAUAAAACAUCGCUUCACCGAGACUGCUGGUCUAUUUUUAAGGGGCGAAGAUACACCGACUGAUUGACAACCCAGCUCCUCGAUCGCACGCUUUGUUGGUAUAUUCUCCAGAACGGAGACUACUCGUUGAUACUGAGCAAUUUCCACGUAUUUUCGAGCAGUGAUACAGAGCUUACACGACCCUCUGUUUCCGUUCCCGAACAGAACUGUGCGCUAUCAUCCCUAGACACUAACUAGGCCGUUCAUGCCUGCUGAAAUUUUUUUUACAAUAGAACAAGGAACGUGGGUAAAAGGUAGACUAUAAUAGUCAUUUCCCGUCGCGCACGUUCGUGUGUGUCACAGAUGGGCGCAUAUUAUUAACUGGUCGCUGGAGCGCAAUGUUGCCAUUGGGCGAACAUUAACGUGAGAGAGGUUGAGUACUAGUGUAUUGGCGCGCGCGUGAUUUGUAGGUGGGCCUAAGAAGUUUUUACUCCAGCCAGCCCACGGUAGGUUUUACCAUGAAAGGUACACCAAUACAAUAUAUCGAUGAAAAAAUGAACAGCUAGAAGUAUUUAAAAGAUAGAAUUACAGAAAGAUGAUUACCAAAAUUAUGUCCGUGAAAACUAUAAUGAAUGCCUGUUUAUGUUAAAAAAAAAAAAAUUUAAAGCAAAAAGAACAAAAAAUGAUGAAAUUGAUAUAUUUUUUGUUAUUUUUGUAUGAAUAAAUAUUUUUUGAUAAAGUAUAUUUUAUACGAGCCUCAAUUGAAAAUAAACUAGCUAUUUUUGACUUGAA